AUUGUGAAGAUUUUUCAGUGGUUGUAGAGAUCUUUUUCAAGAAGUCAUAAUUCAUAACAUAGAUUAACUCUUUAAGGUUUCUGGUCCUAAAUUUAUCACUUAGAAUAGUAACUUGGGGAUGGAAUGAGUAUCAUCAGCAGGUGAAAUUACAUGGAACUGAAAUUGCACUGAGUGUAUUUUGCUACAACGUCUCACAAGGACAAAUUCCUCAGCAGUUAUUUGGGUAACACAAAACCAAGUGUCUGACUGCACUUAUUCUGAUAUGUCUUCAUGCUGUGUUUUUGUUUGGUUUUGUGGUUUCUUCUUGUUUGGUUGGUUGUUGUGAUUACCUGGUCCAAAAACAAGUGUAAUAGCCAUGAUAGCUCUUCUACACAUAUUAUAUUCAAAUAUCAAUGAGCGUAAUAAUUAAUUGGGUUUAACUGAAUUGUAUUAAAACAAGUAAACAAAAUAUUUAACUGCAUAUGGUUCUUGGUAAGAGUAUAAACAAAUAAAUUGACAUUUCAAAUUCUGAACACAGAGAAAUUAGAAAAACCAGAGAGAAAGCCUCCUGUGGGUGCGACACUCUCUGUCCCAUGGGGCAGGUGCCUUGGGAAGCAAAUAUGUUCAGUGAGCUGCUUGAUUCCAAGGAGUUACAUACUGUUUAGUGUGAGGACUUUCUGCAGAAAAGGUACAAAAAACAGCAUGCGUCUCCUCAGCUGAAUUUCUAAGAAAUCUGUUUUGUUUCAGCCCUUCGACUGUUUUGUUUCGCCCAGAAACGACUGGAGAAAACCCUGUGGUUUGGCACACAGGCCAGGCAGAAACUCUGAUGAAUCAACUUUUCUCUAGGCUCAUUCUCCACUCUGUAUUCAUGUCAUCCUUCUAGAUGGGAAAGUUCAGCUGGGUAGGGCUUUCACUUCCCAAGUUGCAGAGGUAAACAAAUGCAAAUAUUUCUUGUUGUGUAUCUUUACUCCAGAGGAGUGUUACACUUGAUUAUCAGCUGCCAUUUUGCAGGAGGCGAGGCACGUCCCUGCCAUACUAAUCAGUGAGAGUCCGAAGAGCCGAGGGCUGACUGCCUGCGCCAAAGUAAUGAAUGAUGUUGCAGAGGACCUGGUGGUGGAAGAUUACCUGACAGGGUUAGUAAUUCACCAUAUGCAUGGUUUUUGGUCCUUAAAUGUAAAUCCUGACUCGGGUGGGCUUCUAUUAUGAAGCAAGUAUCCGACUGCUUUGAAUUUUACCCGCUUAGCAUAACAUUUCUCACACAGGUAGGCAAAGAGCUGUCAGAACUGAGUGGCACUGAUGGAUGUGGUUAGCUGAUGGGUUGCUGGUUGGACUAGAUGACCUCACAGCUGUUUUCUGACCUUAAUGACUCUAUGGCUCUACGAAGCAGGGCCGCAGGCACUCUGCCGGCCACAUCUGCAGCACCCCAACCCACAGCACCGCUAGGCCAACGCCGAGGCGUUCCAUGGGCAGAGUGCAGGCCACCGGGGCACCUUCUCCAUCCCACCUGCGGUCACAGCUGCGGCGGGGCGGGCUUUACUCCUAGGCCCUCGCAGGCCGCUGCCCGGCGGGGCGGGCGGCGACGGGAGGCGGGGCGGAGGCGGCAGCCCCGCCGGCACAGGACACCGCCCCGCCGCUGGAGGACGGAGGAGGCGGAGCUCUGCCGCUCGGCCCCAGUGAUUUUUGAAUUGAAAACAAUGGGUAAGAAAGAUGCCUCUACGGCAAGAACUCCUGUUGACCAAUACAGGAAACAAAUAGGAAAGCAAGAUUAUAAGAAAACCAGACCUAUGUUAAGAGCAACAAGAUUAAAAGCAGAGGCCAAGAAAACUGCACUAGGCGUAAAGGAAGUUGCCCUUGUCCUUGCAGCUAUAUUGGUACUUCUCUUGGCUUUUUAUGCUUUCUUUUAUCUUAACAUUUCCAAUGAAGUUGACCUUGAUCUGGAUCCAGAUGAAAACUAGCAGAUGCAAUGAAUCUAUCAUCAAGAUUUCUUCAGCUUGAACAAGACUACGUAGGAACACACAGUCCCUCACUGGGAGACAGUAAACAAUGCCAUUUCUUGCAGUCCAAAUUCAUAAGUUUUGCAGUACGUUACUUCUACAUUCCAGAUCUCCAGAAAGGAAGAACACUCAUGCCCUGCAAGCAUAUUUGGUUAACACCAAAACCAGGAGCUGCAGCACAAUAUGGGAAGUUUAUUGUUUACAUUAUAUUUUCUCAGGCAGAGAACUUUGAUGUCAAAAGACAGGUGCUAUUAUUAUCUUGGGUAUUGAUGCUGACUUCAAAGGAGAAGAAUCUGCCUUGACUAAAUUUAGGAAUCAAAGCUUCCUAAUAGCUGAAUUAAGUUGUUUUUCUUUUCCCAAAAGAAAGCGGAAAUAUCAUACCAAAAAAAAAAAUCUUUUAUUGAUUUGUGUUAAAGUAUAUCAAACCCCCCUCUUUCUUUCUCUCCCUUUUUAUCUUUCUUUUAAAUGUGUAUGCACAAAUGUACUCCCAAAGAUGGAAGAAAUUGUAGGAAAAAAUUAUCUUUUUAGAAGCAGUCUGUCACCUCCUAUAUGGACUUAAUUUUAUGUCAUCCCAGAUUCUGUGUGCCCAUAUAUCUACAGUAAUCUUUUUCAUUCUUUUGCCAACUGUUCAGCACACAUGUGUUCUGUCAGAAAUGGCACCUGGAUGACAGAAGCUCUAACAUUCGCAUAUGCCUCUGAAACACAGUUCUUUGCCUCCUGUGCUGUCUGAACUAGUGUAAAUAGAAAGUUCAAUCGAUGUUGGGUUUAAUUAGUGUAUUGCUCUAUUAUCAAUAUAAAGUCAAAGUUGUAUUUUAAUUAUAAUCUUCCUGCUGGUUGUGAUAUCAACUUGUUCUACCUGUUAGGAGGGUAUUGUAAAAAAUAUAUAUAUUUCCAGUUAUAAAAUCAUUUUAUCAUCAAACUAAUGUAUGAAAUUGUGAGUAUUAAGAAUCCUUUCAUGUAUACUUCUUGUAAGUGGGAAAAUCUUGGCUCCAUGUCAUCCUUCAGUUCUUGCAAAGUACCUUUUGGAAUAUGCAGUGUGGAUAUCAUUUCUGAUGCCUUUGAUAACCACAAGCAACUUGAGGAAGUCAGUAUGUCAAAGCAGCUGCAGGAAGCUGUAAAAUUCUGGCUUUACCCUGUUCUGCUGCAGCUUUGGCACAUUACUGAGCUUAUGGUUGUAAAGGAUUUCUUUUGAUCCUUCAAAAAUGUGGUCAGUUUUUCUCUAGUUUCUUUUAUUUUUGAAACCAAGAAAAGCAUGAACCCAUUGCUGCCGAAUGUGUAAGGGAGUUAGGCAGAGAGUUGCCAUAAUUUUGAAGUUUUAUUAGCAAACCAGCUUGUCUUAAUCUUAGGUACCCAUUUCAGUUUUAGUUGCAACUGUGGCAUUUACUUACUUGUUCUGGAAAUGCUUCACUGAGAUUCCAUAUAGUGAUUCUGGUGACAAGGGCAUACCAAAAUCUAGCAACUACUAUAACGGAAAAUAUAUUUAUUUUAAAUUGACACGGUCCCAUUAUCACUUAAGGAACUUAGCUCAAUACAGUUAGUUCUUAAACCAUAUAGUAACUAUGACCAUAUAUGCUAUGAGUCUUCUCUGUCAUACUCCUCAUUCACUUUAUGCAGUGCAAAACAACUCCUCUAGAAAUAUAGAGUACACCAUCUUCCAAAAAGAAUAUGAAAGAAAAAUACAUGCAUGCAAAUAUUUCUCAUUUUCUAAUUGUGACUGUUAUAGAUAUUCAUGUGCCUGAUAGUCUGCUAAUGCUCCUAUAGAUGACCAAACCUUACCGACAUGUUGCAUUUAUGGUGAAGCAUUUUCUGACACAUGGCCUGCUUUUCAGUAGAGAGAAAAGCUCAUCACAAACUGUCUUCUUGGAUGUGACAUGCUGUUUGUUUCACCAGUGGCACACCACAUGUCACAGAAGCUACAGACCUCUCCUUUUACUUUGCAUGAGCAAUUUUCCUGCUCCAUAAAAUACUGGAAGGAUUGCUAUGUUAAUGUUUGUGUGUAGCUCCCUGGGUGAUAUGUGUUCUGAGAAUGAUGUGUGGUUAUCACCAUCACACAGGUUGUCUUGUAACUUGCUUUCUGAAUCAGUCAUAUUAAAAAGCAUGCUAUUCCUACUGUCAAAUUUAUGAACAUGCUGUUCUUAGAAGAUCUAAUUUCCCAUAAUUAUGACUCAUAGACAGAAUCCAGUGUGCGUAUGUGUGUGACUGAAGCAGCUUUCCUGAUUUGUGGCGUAUCAAUCCACACUGCCCGCAAGUGCCAUAGUUUGCAGCUUGUCUGUUGGCUUCAUUUCAGUUAGACCUUUUCAUUUACAUGAAAGAUAAAUAUAAUGAGAAAUUUUUCUGUUGCUUAGAUAAAUUGGAUAAAUUUCUGCUCAGUGUACAUAGAAAUACCUGGUAAAUAUUACAGCAAAUACAAUGAUUCUCUUAUCAGUACAAUAAUUUCUGAUGGGUCCAUGUCAAUAUUUUUUUAAAGCUAAAACCUACCUCUCAUCAAAUUCUUCAUCCUUAGUGUUCUAAAAGGCACAGACACAACACUAUUAGAAUUGAGGUUAGAUUGUGAGCUUUCUCAUUCAUGAGUAUCCUAAGUUCAGGAUCUGAUUUACUCCAAGGGGAUUAUAAUCCAGCCUGAAGUUAUUUCUGUUUUCUAGAGCACUGUUGUGUCCAUUCCUGUCGGUAUGUCUUGCAAAUAUAUGGUUUAUUUUACUUUGCUUAUAUCUCAGAUUGAAAUAUGCCUCCUCAUUUUUUUGGGGCCAUCUAUCUUUGUAUGAGUUGCUUAGUGCUUGUUUUAAUAAUAAAUGGAUUUUUACUCUCUUUGUGCUCUUGUUAAUGUUGGAUGUGUCACACUGAAUUAUAUAUAAAUUAUGAAAGACAUUAAGGCAAUCUAGGUGGCACAGUGUUCCAAUCUGAGCAGUGAUACUCACCAGUUUUAGAAUAUUUGGAUUAUUCUAACCAUUUCUAACCCCUGAGCUCAUAUUAAAACUAAGUGUCGCCUAUGAAUACUUAAAAGACAGUAAAAGAGAGCUUUCCUUGGCAUCCUACCCAAUACCAAUAUAGCAGAUCUUUUUCUGCAGAUGAAGUUGUUCUGUGUACCUACCAUCAACUUCAGAUGGAUUGAUUUUAUUAUAAAAAUACUGUUGUUUCAUAGACAGAUUGCUGAUGAAAUCAUUUACACAGGAGCUCUGGUGUGACUGGGUAGUUUUUUUCAAGGAAAUUCACCUCAGGGGACAGAGUGGAAUUCAGGCUGCUUGUGGAGUACAUGGAGUUUCUUUGAGGCAGAGGCUGUGCAGGAGAUGCCUGUGCAGGGCUCUCGUGCAGUGGACAGGAGUGGAUGUCCCAUCUGGAAAUGGCUCUAGCUAGGAAGGCACUACAGUGUUCAAGCAGUGAUUUUGCUCAGUAAAUAUUUCCUCAGCAGUUUUGCUUUUCCCUUUGAUCCUACAGAAGCAGAACCAGGACACAGACAUUCUCAGGACAGAAACCUCAAACUAAUUUUACUUGUGCCACUGGUGAAAAUUGCCAAGGAAAGGCUUUAACUCCUAUUUCCUAGAAUCCAUAAAUACAUUUUACUGGAAGUUUAGGAAGCAUGUUAAGCAUUUCCCUAAUGGACCCUAGAGUUAUAUUUAAACUGUUGUUGAAUAGCACUGUAUUUAAAGUUCACUGCUGUGUAUCAUACAGAUGUCGUAUGAUCUGGGAUCUGUCAUAGCUCCUUCCAUUCAUCAGACCAGCUGCAGCAGGGACAACAUGUACAUACGUAACUGCAGUGAUACACAGCAUGAACAAACUCAGGUGUUCAUUUAGGUGUAGUCUGGAAUGGUUGAACUAACAAGUUCAAGUGUUGGAAAACAGCUUUUAAACCCAAUCAAAUGAAGGCACAGUGAAAGUCCUACAAAACUACCCAUCCCAUUUCCAUGAAAAUUGCUACGUGGGAAGAGGUUUAUCUGCUGACUUAAGGCCAAGUUGUGAAUGCUGUCCAUUCAGGGAUGAAAAUAUUGCUAGCAGCUCCCAGUAGACUGAUGAUUCAUUUUGCUUUGAUACGGAGUUGUGCCUAUAAAAGGCAUGACUGAGCCAACUGGUGAUGGUCAAAUGCAUUUGGGACAAUUCUCUGUAAAGUACUGAACUUGAAAUGCAGACUAUGCAAGUUAGGGUGCCAACAGGUUAUUACAGGUCUUGAUCACAUUACAGUAGCAUAAUAAUUAGUGAUGUUUAUGACUAAGAAAAUAACACUAUUGCACAUCAAUAAGAUAGCAGAAAUGUGAUGUUGGAACUGCUUCUUAAAAGAUUUUGUAGUGGAUUAUGCCCACGCUUUGGGAAAUUAAUCCAUGAGAUGAAUAAACUGGCAAAGAUGCUCUGUGAUUAUAUACUUAAAGUAUUUUUCCCUGAAAGGGCCCAUGCCAACAUUUUGCAUCACUUUUCCUCAUUGUCCUCUUUGCUGUGUUACAAACUUUUGUAGAUAUAUUUCUACACUUUUCCAGGAACAGAAAAUAGGUUUUUUUGUAGUUUAUGGUUGCAUUUAAGUUAUAGAAUCCUCUGCUUUUCUUUCCCCCUCCCUUAAUCACAACCAAAUUGGUGGGGAGACAGCCAAAAUGUUAGGUACCAGUGUCUCUCAAGCAGAUGUCACACCGCUAUUUUUUAGCUCGUUUAAAUGAAUAAACAUGUAAAACUGUGAAGUAUUACAUUUUAGAUUUUCUUUUCAUUAAAAAAAAAAAAAAGGACAAUCUGUUUACUGUCCUUAAUUGAGACAACAAUCCUGGUGGCUGCCAGUUUUGGCAGUUUUAACGAUGAACUAUAAAUAUUGGGACAAAUCAACUAUCCGGUGAUUGUGAAGAAAAGUUCAAGCGGAAGCCUCAUUUUGCGUGACUACUUUUUGCAUUGCUAUAUUUUUUUCUAACUUACAUAAUUUACACUGGUUUUGAGUGCUAAAGCCACAAAUAAAUACAUGACCAAUCAAACAAUAGUUGAUUCCUUUGUCUUGUUCUUAAUCACUGAAAAGCAGAUAAAAGCUGGCAGCCCUGCAGCACAGUUCAUGUCUUGCCCAAAAUCAUGGAAUGAUAGAAUCCUUAGAUUGGAAUGGACCUCUAAAGGCUAUCUAGUU